UAUUCUCAACAAUAAUGCUAUGUUCAGGUUGGCGGCCACCGGUGGGCUGGUCUUGUUGGCUGUGUAGUUGUUGGAUACCUGCUUGGAAAUGCAUGUGAAACGGCGUAAUAAAACUUCGUGGGUGCCAUCAGGCGAACAAAAAGAUAAUGUCAUUCGAACAGACCCACACCACGCAUCAUAUGACACCACUGGCUGCGAACGCGAGACUUAUGGAAUCUCACCACAUUCCAAAUUGUGCCUGAAGUAACUUGCAUAUAAGAGCGACUGUCCAGCCAAAGAGCUGCUGGGUAGUUGAAUCAACUACACCGUGUACGUCUUCGUCGCGCGAUCUUCUUGAUGCUAGAUCUAACAGUUAACACGUCAGUGCAACCAUGAUUCAUUUCGUACUUGCCGUUUCCUUGUUCCUUGCGUUCGGUACGGGGGUUAGUGCAUCCUGCGAGGCCUGCCCUAAUUGCGAUUAUGAGCAAAUCAGUGUAACGCAAGGGGAUGCAUGUCUUAACUACUGGACGUGCUCAGGCGAUACCAUCACGUGCUAUUACCCUUCUGUUGCAAAUCCGGGAACGUUCAACAACUGCUCAUACAGUGAACCGAACGUAAGUAACUAUCUCUCCCAGCAGUACAUGCACACUCACCGAUUUUUGGAAAUACCAGGAUUGGCCACUCGUAGCUGGCCCCAGUGAAAUCUGCUUCCCGUAUGCGGGACUCAACUCAAAAUGUGAACCUGGGAAUGACCCUUACAACCUUGGCACCUCAGCCUGCACCGCUUCGUACGGUUAUGUCGGUGAAGCCAACAGUGGGCU